UGAUCUUCAACUCCACUCUCCAGGCCUGGAACUCUCUCAGAGAAGCGAGGUAACUGCUAACCUCACACCAUGGACUCAUUCGGAAAAACGUCACCCUUCUCCUCGAAUCCUCUGAAAACCAAGUCCGAUCUCGCGGACUUCCUCGUCGGUCUCCUCGAUCCCCUGGCAGCGCACACCUCUCCCGGUGGCGCACGGAUCCACCUCGGGCACACCGCGACGCACUACGACGAAGCUGCUGCCCAGCUCGAGGGGUUCUCCAGACCGAUCUGGGGGCUGGCGUCGUUCUUGGCUGGCGGGGGGCACUACGCCGGCGCCGAGCGGUGGGUGAGGGGGUUUGCGAACGGCAGCGAUCCGGGGCACGAGGAGUUCUGGGGCGAGAUGCGGGACAAGGACCAGCGGAUGGUUGAAUGCUCUGCUAUUGGAUUCUCCAUUGCCGUGGCCAAGGAGAAACUGUGGGAUCCUCUCUCGCCUGAAGCCAAGAUGAAUUUUGAACGCUGGCUCGGUGGGAUGAAUGACAAGGAGAUGCCGAAUACGAAUUGGCUUUGGUUCCGUGUCUUUGCGAAUCUUGGCUUGUCGAGAGCAGGUUCCUCGCGUUUCGAUGCUGAGCGAAUGAAGGCGGACAUGGACCAUCUCGAUACGUUCUAUAUCGGUGAUGGGUGGUCUCGCGAUGGCCCGGAGGGUGUUGUGCAACUCGACUAUUACUCAUCCUCGUUCGCGAUUCAGUAUGCUCAGCUCGUCUACUCCAAGCUGGCUCAGAAAGACGAUCCAGUGCGCUGCGAGGAAUAUAGGAACAGGGCUCGCCAAUUUGCGCUGGAUUUUGUGCACUACUUUGAUGCUGAGGGUCGUGCGAUUCCUUUCGGCAGGAGUUUGACGUACCGUUUCGCGAUGUCUGCAUUCUGGGGUGCACUUGCUUUUGCCGAUGUCGACCUUCCGGCCCCCUUGACAUGGGGUGUUGUCAAAGGAAUACAACUACGCAACAUCCGAUGGUGGGCCAAGCAAGCUGGGGCAUUCAACAGCGACGGCACUCUGACCAUCGGGUACUGUUAUCCCAAUCACAACAUGACCGAGAACUACAACUCGCCGGGAUCCCCGUACUGGUGCUGCAAGUCGUUCAUCGCUCUCUCCCUUCCCGAGUCACAUCCCUUCUGGACUGCCGAAGAAGAGCCGUAUCCGACCACGCUACUGAAUACGACCAAGGCGCUGAAGCACCCGCUGCAUAUCGCCACCAAUCUCGGCGGACAUUGCUACAUCCUGUCCUCCGGCCAACAGUGUUCCUACCCCGUUAAGCAAGGCCCAGCCAAAUACGGCAAGCUCGCAUAUUCCUCAGCGUUCGGCUACAGCGUACCCGUCGGGAACGGGACCCUCGAGGAACUCGCCGGCGACAACACGCUCGCGCUGAGCGACGACGGAGGGGAGACCUGGAAAUGCCGACGGGACACCCGGGAGGCGCGGUUCGAGGGCCCGGGUGUCGGCUGGCUGCGCUCGAUGUGGUAUCCGUGGAAAGACGUCGCUGUGGAAACUUGGCUCGUCCCUCCUUCCACAGCGGCACCGCUAUGGCACCUGCGCAUACAUCGGAUCCGGACGGGCCGGUCGCUCACUUCAGCCGAGGGCGGGUUUGCUGUCUACGGUCAGCGUGAAGACGGAAGACACCUAGAUCCCCUGGAUGAAGAAUCUAGUGACGAGCGUUUUGGUACCUUCGCCGGGCCGGGCCGGGCCCGAGCUGCAUCCGAGGCGGGUGUCGUUGGCAUCCUCUCAGUCGGUGGCCAGGAACGCAAGGGCGUGGCCCUUCGUACGGACGCAAAUUCAAAUCUGAUGGUGCCCAGAGCCGUCCUCCCGACUCUAAUGGGAGAACACAGCUCAGGGUCCGAGGAUAUCUGGCUUGUCACAGCCGUGUUUGCCUUGCCCAGCGUCGAGCACAGCCAGGGCGCUCAGAGUGGCUGGAUGGACGAGUGGCUCAAACGUCCGGUUCUGCCUGAACAGCUUUCUGCGAUGGUCCCUCAGGUCUAAAGAGUCACGUUCGACCUUGAUUCCGAAAUAGGAAACAUUGUUCCCUUAAGCGGAAGUAAUAAGUACACUCAUCUGAUGGAUUAUGAAAUGGUCCCGUCUAUGAUACACCCACGCUUUGUCCUGGGAGUGACCUCAAGCCAAGAAAUGCCUGUCCCAGUUUGGGCUUGCCGCCACGAGGGUGGCGUGCACGCUCUCCCACACUCUUCGGCCAUCGAAUUGCCCCAGGUCCCACGGGGAUAGUAGCACCUUUCAAGGGUAGUGAUGCCAGAUAGUCGGCAUCGGCAUUCAGGUCCACUGGGCCGCUGUGGAUGGGUCGAUCGGCAGUGAUCCAGAGAGGGACUUCAGCCACGAGACCUGCCCCCGUCGGAGAGAUAUGGGCGUAUUGAGGGUGUGUGAUGUGUAGUUGAAGACUGUACUGUGAAGCAGUUGGCCCACCAGCGGUUCGAUCAACAAACAAAGAAAUAUACCUCUCGCCCCAGUUCAGUGUACCGGUAGCUCACGGGCCUUGAUGGAGGGAUGAUAAUCUCCCCUUCAAGGCGAACAAUCUGCUCGGUGUCGCCGAAUGCGUCGUCAAAUUGAUCUGCCGCCUCCAGCUGGUUCUCUUCCUCCUCAGGGUCAUCAGCCGAAACGAAACUCUGCAUUCGAGACGGUAGAGUCGGGGUCUUCGGCGAGCUGGGCGGCGCCAAUUCUGGGACGUGGCUGAGGUAGACCAGCGGAGGAGCCGACUCUCCCUGCGCCGGUCGUCCGGAUUCAGCGAGCCAGAUCCGUCCAUCGGCUGUGCGCUCGAGGGUCCUUGUCUGUCGGGACUGCGAACGCGGCCGCAGAGCUUCCGAGGACGGCAUCAAAUCUGCUUUGUAGUGGCCGACGCUGAUUGCGGCUGGCUGCGCGAGCAACGUGAUGGCAUCCGCGCUCUUCGACCAGAGAAGAAGCACAAAGUCCACAGUCUGUCCAGCCUGAAAAACCGCCGGAUCUUGCACGCCGAGCUGCCGGAAUAGUAAGUACGUCGAGGGAACCCGGAGCACCAUUGCCACGGACAAUUCCUUCCACCUCCACGAUGUCGGUCCCGAUUCGUCCCCGACCGCCGAACGGCGUGAGCACCCAGCCGCCGAUCGACUCGCGCUUGAACGGCCACUCUUCGCGGGAGGUCAGGAAAGGAAACGGCGAUGGCGCUUUCGGCAAGUUCCGCGUGAGAGGGAUGUACUGCAAAAUCAUGUCCAUGUCUUCGUUGAUUCCGCCGACCGAGUCUCGUCGCACGCCAACGCCACAUGUGAACUUGACCUUGCCCGACGCUGUACGAGGGGCCGUCAGCCCGGAUCGCACCGCAUCGAACAGAACAGAAGGAAUACAGACGUGGCAGCGCGACCAUCCCGCGUUGCUGCGGCGGAUGUGAGCGAGACGUAUGCCAGCCAUGUGGUCCCACGUGUGCUCACGUUCUCGUGGUCAGGGUGCGACACCUGGACGAAUCUCGGGAACGCAGGGAGCUCAAACGGGAACACGUAAGUGCCACUGGGAAAUUUGUCCUUGAAGACGCUCGGAUUCUUCGCGCCCGGGUGCUUUGGGUCACCUUUGUGUCGGGACCAGAGAUUGGCAGUCAGGCUCAGGAGCUGUCCAUUGGGAGCAAUUGCUGCCAGCUGAUCCCCGCGGUCAGAAUGAUGCUGAUACGGGCUACAUGGGGCCACGAACCCAGAUAUCGAGGCUUGAAAUGCUCUUUGGCUUCUCUAUAGAAAGACGCAGUUCGCCGCAGAUUUUGGCUGGAGGAGGUCGGAGAAAUCAAAAUCAAUCCCGAGGACAAGAUGAGAUCGCAUCGCACUGGACGCGCCUUCGUUGUGGUACAUCGCAGCGAGCGACGUCUCCGCCGCAUGAUUGUACAGGAUGAGCGACAGCCAGUGGCUCUUGUCGUCGAGACGGAGCGGAAGCACGGUCCCAUGAGCGACGGUGUACGCGCCGAUGUCACUUCUGGACACGGUGCCCGGCAUGUCGUCAGGGAUGGGUACCUUAUCUUCCGGGUGCCACUCCGGCGCACCUGCCAACACGUUCACCGCCCGGCUGCAGAUGCCAACAAAACGCUCCGACGCACCGAGAUCGGAAAACUGAGGCCGCCGGCGUUUUUGCACACGCUCCCCGCCGAUCGUCAGCGAGUACAGCGAUCCGACCAACGAACGUGCUCCGGCAGACAUGAUCGAUGCGCUGUCCGUCUUCUUCUUCUUGGGUGCUGCCGGGACCGCGCCUGCGCCUGCGCCUGGCAUGGGCCGCCCUGCGCCCGUGCCCUCUCUGGGCUUCUUGAGCAUGUCGCGGAGGAGAGACAUAGUAUGCUGAGCUGAGGAUGGUAGAGAGCUGGGCCAGGUCUCGCGUUGAGUAGCGUGAGGGGGAGAGCGGCCUCUACUGUCUUAAGUAGCUGGCGCCAUAUGGCACCCUGAUGGGAGCACGCGCCGGAUGUUGGCACCAGAGCUAUUUGAGACCAAGGCGGGUGAGAUAAUUACAGACUGUGUAGGAAUCUCGCGUGGAUUGGCAUCAUGCGGCGCGCCAGGUUGCCUACAGCGGGAGAUUAUGUGGAGGGCGUGGUCAG